AUGUGGCCCCCGCGCCCUGCUCCGCCUCCCCUCAGCCUCACCAAGUGGGUUGUUGGCACGGGGAGCUAUAGUGCCCUGUCGAGGGUAUCACAAGUGGCUGACGCCGGCAGGUCAAAGCGACGAAACGUCCACUUUUGGAGACGACGGAUUUUUUUGUUCCUGCCCUGCCCGGGGGCCUGUAAAGAUGGGCAAUUAACCGAAAGAGGCAACAGGAUUCGGCAGACGCAGAGGCCAGUUGAGGCGCGCCAACAGUUGGAGUCACGGCGGAGACCCCCCCAAAGGUUCCUUUUGUGCAAUGGCCUCGACGGGAGACCGACCUGGGCUUUGCGCAUGCAGUCGGUCGGCCAAGUUUGCCAGUGCAUUUGCUUUCUUUGUACACUUUGCUCACUCUUGUGUUGCCCUUCUACCUUUUCUCCAUUCCCUUCCCACCACCACCCAUGCACCCCUCAAACACAAUCAACUUCACUCAGCCCAGCUUGGAGCCCUUUAGUCGACUGGUCGUAA